AUGGAUAGACCAAGAACAUUACGCACAUAUAGAGGACUCAUAAGAGCCAUUCUGAAAUAUGAAAGGCCAAGCAAGAUAGUCAAUUGGGGCAAUCUACGAAAGGCAAUGAUAACAAAGUUGGAAUAUGCUAAGAAACAAAAUCAGAGAGACUCGCAUGAGAACAUCAACAGACAGUUAGAGAAAUGGAAAAAACUAGAUCCGGUAAGCGACAGAUCUUUGAAUUUGUUUAUAGCCGACUCUAAGUCAUUACGUUCCAUAUUACAAAACGAUAUAAAGUGGGAGAAAAAGGUGGCCCAGGGACAAAACGUUGACGAGAUAUUCGAACACGCUUUGGACAUCAUCAAGUUCUUGGACAACCAAAGAGAAUACGAGGAGCUGGUCGACAGAUACAAUCCUGGCAACAAGUUGACACAGGAUGAGAAAGUGAAAAGAACUGCAAACGUGGUUGGGCUGGACGUUCCGACAUAG